AUGCAGGAGUCCGUCAUACGCUGGCCCCUCGGUUUGGACGGCAGGGAUCUCGUCGGCGUUGGUGUCACCGCCGUCGUCGCGCGUCUCGACGCCGUCGUCAAGCACUUUGGGCCGACGGAGCGGCCCUUCCUGGAACGCGAGAAGCUCGUGUACGAACGCCUCGGCCGCGGCCACAGCGGCAUCGUUCGGUACUUUGGCGCCGUAGAUGACGCCCUGCUCUUGCAGUUUGCCAGCCACACGUCCGUCAGGCAAUACAUGGCAGGGCAAGAAGAGCGGACGACCCCUCUCGCCGUCCGGCGUCGCUGGGUUGAGCAGCUCUUCGACGCCGUGUGUUUUGUGCAUUCAAAGGGCGUGCUGCACGGCGACAUAUCGUGCAACAACGUCUUCCUUGACGACAAGCUCGAUGUCAAGCUUGGCGACUUUGGCGGCUCGGCCAUUGACAAUCUCGCACCACUCAUCUACUACGAGACGAGCCACUACCUUCCCCCCGGCCAGGACACUUCGCCCAAAACGGAGCUGUUUGCCCUCGGCUCCACGGUCUACGAGAUGAUGACGGGGGCGAGGCCGUACAAGGACCUGCCUGAUCACGAGGUAACUGCUGCUUUGUCCGAGGGUCGGUACCCUGAUCUGGGGCCUGUCGCUGCUUUCAGAGACACGAUUAUGGGGUGCUGGAGGCAGACUUAUGCAACCGUAGAAGAAGCCCUCUGUCAUGUUAAAUCAGAGAGCGCGUUCCAUUCGUCGGUUCGCGAGAGCUGA